AUGUAUAAAUUUACGCAUGGCCGCGGAGUGAAAGCCACCAAGGGCUACAUCUGCUCGUUUGUGUGUAUCUGCACCGGUGCUAUGCAUUUGGAAUUCGUGAGUGUCCUGACUUCAUUGGCAUUCCUCAACGCCUUUAAAAGAUUCAUAAACCGUAGAGGAUACUGCAAGGUGAUGUUCUCUGACAAUGGCACGAAUUUCGUUGGCGUUGAGAAGGAGUUGCGCAACAAUUUCAAACGGUGUAUGGCAGACGACACACUCCGCUCGUUUUUUGCUUAUUCGAAUAUCGAAUGGCAUUUUCAUCACUCGGCUGCACCUCACAUGGGAGGAUAUUGGGAGACCGGUAUCAAACGCAUAAAGUACCAUUUGAAACGCGCGUUGGGUGAGACUUUACUGUCUUUCGAAGAGUUCAGCACGGUACUUACCGAAGUGGAGGCCUGUGUAAACUCCCGUCCGAUAUGCGAAAAUCCGAAAAGUGCAGGCGACCUCAAGGCAUUGACUCCCGGACACUUUAUCAUAGGUGAGCCGUCGAAGUCACUCCCAGCACCUGAGGGUAAAGGGUUCUGUGGAAAUCUCCAUCAACGUUGGCAGGUAAUUUCUGCCAUACGACAGCAUUUUUGGCGUCGUUGA